AUGUUCAUGUCAAAAGAUCAGAAAUUGUCAUCAUUGACUGUCACAGAGGUCGAUGCCACGAAACACGCAGAAAACGAUUCUGUGGGUUUUCCAGAGGAUCUCGGUCAUCAUGUCCAAUGGAUGCCUGACCUCAACCUAUUGACCAACAGAGAAACCACAGAUCUCUGUAUAAACGAGUACCCCUACUCGACAAACCCGGAUGAUUUCUUCGCCGACUUGGAGUUCAUGUUCAUGGCGCGUAUUACUGAAACGCUGAGAAUAUUGUCUGAGCAGCAACUCAAACCUUCGCAGCCACAUCUGCAGAAGUAUGUGGACUGGAUGAUUCAUCAGCAGCUCCUGCUGGACAAAGACCAGCUUCGAUUUGCUUCUGAGCCAUUGAAGAGCCGGCUGGUCGAUCUUGACUAUCUUCAAGACGUCGAAGAUCGAUUGAUGAACCUUAACAAAAGAGGUUACUUCUAUGUCACUGUUGCUCGGAAUCUAUUGAAGUUCCUAGCCGGUGAGAUGGAGUCGUCAACCAUCUUUGAAGGGAACAUGUUGAAAGAUUUCUACUCCGAAGAAGUUCAUGAAUCCCAUGCACUCAGACAGUGUGGUAAAUACCUUGACCUUCUUUCUCAUCUUAACCCAAGAAUGAAGAUUCUGGAAGCCAGUGCAGAAGUCGGAUUCAUGGCAGAGGUCAUGCUGCGCACGUUGGGAAAUACAGAAAACAGCAAUCCGAAGUACGCGCAGUGGGACUUUACUGAUAAACCAGGAACGUCGUUUGCUGGUGCCCAAGAUAGAUUUCAUCACGAGGCCGAGCGAAUGCAAUUCAGACAUCUGGACAUUGAGCAGGACCCUGAGAAACAGGGAUUCGAAUGUGCCACUUACGAUAUGGUCGUUUCUUCCAUGGUAGUUUAUGCCACGUCGGACAUUGAAGCUGUUUUGCGCAAUGCCAGAAAGCUUCUAAAGCCAGGGGGCAAGCUCAUACUAUACGAGAUGAUGGGUCCUAGUGUCCGGUCUACUUUUACGCUUGGCCUCUUUGAGAGAUUCUGGAUCAGUUCAGUCGCAGAUUCGAAACCGGGACCUUGCUUCGACGAGAGACAAUGGAAUGAACUCCUCGUUCGGGCCGGAUUCUCUGGUCUGGAUAUAAUUCUACCAGAUUUUGAUGCAUCCAUAGCCCAUGAAUGCAGCCUGCUGGUUUCAACAGCAGCAGAGGAAUCACCAGCGGCCUAUCCUGUCCAGGAAAUCGAAAUUGUCUACGACGUUGCCGAGUCGAGCCAACAGGAACUCGCAAAGUUCCUUGUCGAGUACUGUCAAUCAAACAAGCUGGCCCCUGUCCGCUCUUUCUCUAUUCAAGAAGCGACGAAUCACACGCCUGAAAGCCCAUUGCUACGGAUCUUCCUUCUCGAGCUUCGCGUUCCCAUUCUAUCGGACAUUCCACCGGAACUGCUCCAAAAACUGCAGGGCCUUCUUUCUUCUGCCUCAACUGUGCUUUGGAUCAACCAAAGAGGAGGCAUACUUCCUUCUCAGCCCCGACUCAGCCCUGUGAAUAGGCUAUCUCGCGUACUGAUGGAACAUUGCAAGCGUAGACUUCACCUACUUUCGCUUGAACUUCGAAGCCGAUUAGAUACAAAGCAGCGCGAUCAUAUUACAAGACUGAUUAGAUUUUUACUGUCACCAGCAGCUUCCAAUGCAAAUUUGGAGCAUAUUGAGCAGGAUGGGGUCCUGAACACUCCUCGUCUGAUCGCUUCAGCCCAUUGA